AUAUCAGGGCUCGUGGUGACAUCCAGCACAGAGCAAGGGAAGAAGAGACUUUAUCACCUGACUGUGUGGACCGUUUCCACGCUGUGUAAAAGCACCUGCGUGGUUUUAUUCUGGCAGUUUGUGGUCAGUUUGGGUGUCAUCUGGCUCACCUGUGUGCAGCAGGUAUCAUUUGGUGUUUUAUCCGGGGAGGAGACAGGUGUUAUCCACAGCAGCACACUGUGGAUGAAGACUCCCUCCUCGGUUUCUUCAUGGCAGAAAGACUCGGUGAUGUGUGCUUAGCAUGGCUGCGGCUCCUGCACCGACCACCCAGGGACCGGUAUGGCUUUUAGCCGCAUCCGCAAACUGGACCCCCCGUCCCGAGGCAUCUUCAGGAAAGCGGCGGUCAUGCUGUGCUCCCUCCUCACCUCUGUCCUGCUCCUGCACUGCCUCACCGACCGCUGCAGCACCUCCUCGCCGGUCAAAGCGACCUCCGGCCGGCUCCUCGAGGACCUGAGGUCGCUGCGGACGAAGCGGCUGGCGUACGAAUGGACCGCCGGCUCGGAGCUGAUGGGCUACGGGGCCGCCAGGCGCUCCUCGCGGGUCCUCGCGGAUGAGCGCGCGGGGCACGUCUUGGAGGAGGCUUUCAUCUUGCCGCCUCCGGAUCUAGUCGCGUCCAGGAAAGUGUCGCCGAGGUUCGCAGGUAAAGUGAGUCCGCUCGGGGAGGGGAGCAAGAAGCUGCCCCAGGCGCUCAUCAUCGGGGUGAAGAAAGGAGGCACCCGGGCUCUGCUGGAGUUUCUCCGGGUGCAUCCGGACAUCAGAGCCGUGGGAGCGGAGCCGCACUUCUUCGACCGCAACUAUGAGAACGGGCUGGAGUGGUACAGGGAGCUGAUGCCCAAAACCCUGGAGGGCCAGAUCACCAUGGAGAAAACCCCCAGCUACUUUGUGACCCGAGAGGCUCCAGCCAGGAUAUCAGCCAUGUCCCGGGACACCAAGCUGAUCGUGGUGGUGAGGGACCCCGUUACCAGGGCUAUCUCGGACUACACGCAGACGCUGUCCAAGAAGCCCGACAUUCCCUCUUUUGAGAGCCUCACCUUCAAAAACAGGACUACGGGACUCAUCGACACCUCGUGGAGCGCCAUCCAGAUCGGCAUCUACGCCAAGCACCUGGACAACUGGCUGCAGUACUUCCCCAUGGAGCAGAUCCUGUUUGUGAGCGGCGAGCGUCUGAUCAGCGACCCGGCCGGAGAGCUGGGCCGCGUGCAGGACUUCCUGGGACUCAAGAGGAUCAUCACGGACAAACACUUUUACUUCAACCAGACCAAGGGUUUCCCGUGCCUCAAGAAGGCAGAGGGCAGCAGCAAGCCCCACUGCCUGGGUAAAACCAAAGGGCGGACCCAUCCUAACAUUGACCCUGAGGUGGUGCAGAGGCUACGGGACUUCUACAGGCCCUUCAACAUGAAGUUCUACCAGAUGACAGGGAGGUUCUUUGGCUGGGAUGACUGAAUGUGUUUUUCUCUGAGGACUGUCAGAAAUACUGCAGCGGAGUAUUAAGACCACUGAUUGGGGGAAAAUGAGAAUGAAGUCGUAAUAUUUCAAGAAUCAUAAUGUCACAAGAAAAGUCUAAAGGAAUGAAUGCAAAACAUUUACAAAAAAUAUUCUGUGAAUAACUUAGCAAAACUAAAGGAAAGCAAAAAUAUUUAGAGUAUUUAAGAGUCGGGCAAUAAAACAUGUACAUCUAAUCUGAUGUAAUCUAGCCUAUGUAAUAGAAAAGUGUAAUUGUUAUAUAGAAACAUAACCACAUAGAAAAAAACUAACUAAUCUCAUAACAUCAUAAUUUAUUCUCAAAAAUACUUCAUACUUUUAAUUUUUUUGUAACAUUUAGAUUUUAUUCUGGUCAAAUUAUUACAUAUAAUUUAUUUUGUUUUUUGUUUUUGUUUUAACUUUACACCAUAGCUCUAAUAUAUAAUAUAUAAAUACAUAUAUUAAAUAAAUAUAAUAUAUUUGAGACAGGGAUGCACCGAUUGUCAAGUUCUGGGUAGAUACAGAUACCAAUGUUUAAAAUAACAAUUUGGCCGAUAGUGACGUUUUUUUGUUCAUUUUGGGGUUCUUUUGUUGUGUAUUCUCCUUUUUAUGCCAGAAAAGAAGAAAUUUUAAUUAAAAAAUAUAUAGAUAUUAUUAUUAUAAUUAUUAUAAUUAUUAUUAUUAUUCCCUCUCUAAUAUCUAUUUCUUAACAAAUUUCUCCUUCCAACAACUGUAUUUUUUCAAUUUUAAUUCCAAAAGCUAAAUUUUACAAAUUUACAUUUGAACACAUCAUGAUAACGUUAUAAUGCACUAACACUUAGCUAACAGCUAACGUUAGCUAAUUGUGUAACAUAAGGGCACGGUCAGAAAGUGAAUCCAUGCAAGUAACUGUUGCCUGCUGGAGCGAUAUUCGGGCUGAAUUCAGGCAGUCUAACGUGACAGACAUGGAAAGCUAGCUUCCUAGCUAACAUUAGCUAGUUUGCUAAUAAAUGCCGCUAAACAUUAAUGUACCUCUUUGAAUUCAAAUCCCUCAUGAUGGUCAUACAGCAGCAGCUGGUAGACCAACAUAUUCUCACUCCUAUCUCGUCACAUACUGGUGUUUGGUCAUGGACUUUCCACGUCCACAUACA